GCUAGCGGCCGAGCUUGGGAGCGUCGGCAGGAAGCCCGGCCCGCCUCCGCCGCCGCAGUAGAGACUAGGGUAGUCGGCGGCGCAGUCAGUUAGCAGGCGAGGCAGGCGGGCGAGCGGGUCGCCGCAUCUUUCGGCCGGCCUCCCCUUCCCCCUCCCUCUGAGCUUCCCUCGCGCACGCGUCACAGUCCCCUGGGCAUCUUCCGCUCUCCUCCCGCGCUCCCCGCGCCCCCGGCCUCGGCUCGCGCGCCCCCGCCUCUCACCAUGUGCGGUAUAUUUGCAUACCUGAACUACCAUGUUCCACGGACAAGGAGAGAAAUCUUAGAGACUCUCAUCAAAGGACUUCAGAGACUGGAAUAUAGAGGAUAUGAUUCUGCUGGAGUGGGAGUUGAUGGAGGCAAUGACAAAGACUGGGAAGCCAAUGCCUGCAAAAUCCAGCUUAUUAAGAAGAAAGGGAAAGUUAAGGCACUGGAUGAAGAAGUUAACAAACAACAGGAUAUGGACUUGGAUAUAGAAUUUGAUGUUCAUCUUGGAAUAGCUCAUACUCGUUGGGCCACCCAUGGGGAGCCUAAUCCAGUUAAUAGCCAUCCACAGCGCUCUGAUAAAAACAAUGAAUUUAUUGUAAUUCACAAUGGGAUUAUCACCAACUACAAAGAUUUGCGAAAGUUUCUGGAAAGCAAAGGUUAUGAUUUUGAAUCUGAAACAGAUACAGAGUCAAUUGCUAAACUUGUUAAAUACAUGUAUGACAACCGAGAAAGUGAUGAUAUCAGUUUCACAACACUGGUGGAGAGAGUAAUCCAGCAACUGGAAGGUGCCUUUGCACUUGUGUUUAAGAGUGUACAUUAUCCUGGACAAGCAGUAGGUACAAGACGAGGAAGCCCCCUCUUGAUAGGAGUACGAAGUGAGCAUAAACUCUCCACGGACCAUAUCCCAAUACUGUACAGAACAGCUAGGGUUCAGAUUGGAUCAACCCUCACACAAUGGGGAUCUCAGGGAAAAAGAGCUGUACAAACUAUGGAUCAUUCUAUUGAUGAAAUAUCCAUAAAACAGGAAAAAGGCAAAGACAAGAAAGGAAGUUGUAGUCUCUCUCGGGUGGACAGCACUACUUGCCUUUUUCCUGUUGAAGAAAAAGCUGUUGAAUAUUACUUUGCUUCUGAUGCAAGUGCUGUCAUAGAACAUACCAACCGUGUGAUCUUUCUUGAGGAUGAUGAUGUGGCAGCUGUGGUGGAUGGUCGUCUUUCUAUUCAUCGAAUUAAACGUACUGCAGGUGAUCACCCUGGCCGAGCUGUACAGACAUUACAGAUGGAACUACAGCAGAUCAUGAAGGGCAACUUCAGUUCAUUUAUGCAGAAGGAAAUAUUUGAGCAGCCUGAAUCUGUUGUUAACACAAUGAGAGGAAGAGUCAACUUUGAUGAUUUUACUGUAAAUUUGGGAGGUUUGAAAGAUCACAUCAAAGAAAUACAAAGAUGUCGACGUUUGAUCCUUAUUGCAUGUGGAACAAGUUAUCAUGCUGGAGUUGCUACUCGUCAAGUUCUUGAGGAGUUGACAGAAUUGCCUGUUAUGGUGGAACUUGCCAGUGAUUUUCUGGAUAGAAAUACUCCAGUUUUUCGAGAUGAUGUUUGCUUUUUUAUCAGUCAGUCAGGAGAGACAGCAGAUACAUUAAUGGGUCUUAGAUAUUGUAAAGAGAGAGGAGCCUUAACAGUUGGAAUUACAAAUACUGUUGGCAGCUCCAUAUCAAGAGAGACAGAUUGUGGAGUUCAUAUUAAUGCCGGUCCAGAGAUUGGUGUGGCCAGCACAAAGGCUUACACAAGCCAAUUUGUAUCUUUGGUGAUGUUUGCCCUCAUGAUGUGUGAUGAUAGAAUUUCAAUGCAAGAAAGACGUAAAGAAAUAGUGCUUGGUUUGAAGGGAUUGCCUGAUUUGAUAAAGGAAGUGCUGAGCAUGGAUGAUGAAAUUCAGAAACUCGCCAUAGAACUUUAUCAUCAAAAAUCAGUAUUGAUAAUGGGACGUGGAUAUCAUUAUGCUACAUGCCUUGAAGGAGCCCUAAAAAUCAAAGAAAUCACGUACAUGCAUUCAGAAGGUAUCUUAGCUGGUGAACUGAAGCACGGCCCAUUGGCUUUGGUAGAUAAAUUGAUGCCUGUCAUCAUGAUCAUCAUGAGAGAUAAUACGUACGCUAAGUGCCAGAAUGCUCUACAGCAAGUUGUUGCUCGACAGGGAAGACCUGUAGUUAUUUGUGACAAAGAAGAUACUGAGACCAUCAAGAACACUAAAAGGACAAUCAAGGUGCCCCAUUCAGUGGACUGCCUGCAGGGCAUCCUCAGUGUUAUCCCUUUGCAACUAUUGGCUUUCCAUCUUGCUGUUCUGAGGGGAUACGAUGUUGACUUCCCAAGAAAUCUGGCCAAAUCUGUUACUGUGGAAUAAAAUACAUCUGAAAUACUGGAGAAGAUAACAGUAAAAGAAGCUUUUUUGUAUCAAAUAACUUGAUUUUAAAAAUCAUCCCCUUCUGGCCUUAUUUCAUUAAAUUCAAAUUUAUCAACUGUUAUUAUUUUUCCACUUAAUUAGUGGGGUUUCUUUGGCAAAAAUGAUUUCUUACAUUUUUCCAACAUGUGUUGUUGACUUUUUGUCGUUGUUUUGAAUAAUGAAAUAUGUCAGAAAGAGGUGUUAAACUACCAUUUUCUUUAAAAGAUUGUUAAAGCUUAAAUUUUGGGCCUGUGAAGAGGGUUUUAUUUUAUUAAAUAGUGUUUCCUGUGCCAUGCUUUAUUCAUUUAGACCAAUGAGAGAGUGCAUUUUAUUGAAUUAUCCAAAGCCAGUGUUGAUAUGUGCCAAUAUCUGGUAAUUGAAUUCAGACUUUACGAAAUGAGAUACAAAAAUGUGUAGCUUUGAUUUAUUUUAAACUUACUUUGUUUUCAGUUUGUAAAACUUGUAAAUUGAAAAUUUUGUUGACUAAAUUUUAUUAGUAUUUAACAUGUUAACUUCCCAAAGAUGUUGCCUGUUGGAAUCUACAGGUAGUAAGAAUAUAGGAAAGAAUUAUAUAUUGAGACAUCAGGUUUUUCUAAUUAAACUGAACUCAUUUCAGUAAUGUCAGAUUACUUGUAAGUUUUUGGUUAGCUUAAUGAAAAUCCAGAAUACAAUGGUAUUUUUUGUUGAAAUUCAAUAUUAAAAGGUUGUUCUUCCUUUGUCUCUCUGGUUAAAUAUAGCUGUUUAAAAUUUUUAUGAUACUGAUGUUCUGUAUUCAUGCUAACUGAAUUAUUAUUUAACUUGCUUUUUAAAACACAGACCAGGGAUGUAAUCAAAUGCUUACAAUUUUUUAUCAGUAUUGGUGUGUAUAAUUGGAAGCCUUUUAACCACAAAAGCAUGAAACUACUACCAAUACCAAUCUCCUCUCUUAGCCCCUUGAAAACGUUCAUGCAAUGAUGUAACUACACUUGAAUGAUUAGUUAUAUAUCAAACUUAUGGUUCCUUGGUGCCAGUUUGGCAACUUGUCAAUGAAGAGAAUUUGGAGAGACUGCAGUUCCUUUUUAGUUAUAAUUUGACUUCAUCUGGAAAUUUACUAAGAAGGCUUGACUGAACAAAGCUAUACACAUUUAUAUUUACACAUGUAAAGGAUUUGUUUACAUUGCAUCAUCUUCAAUGUUUUUUUGGAUUUUUUGCCUUAUUCAUUUCCUGGUAGAUAAAUUUGUAAUGAAGGAAAAUAUAAAUACUUUUGUAAUGUCUUCAGCUGGUUUAGUGCCAGAAAUGGAAAUUGUUGAGAAGUUAAUUUCAAUUUUAGCAAACAUUUUUAGCAACCAUUUUUCCCAAGAAAAAACUUGUACUAGAUAAUGGGGGGCACAGAUCAAAAUGAAGGCCUUUGUUCAAGGGAACUUAAAAUCUAGUAGGCUGGGUGAAAGGCAUAUACCUUAAUAUUGAUUAGGAUUAAAGAAUGGACUAGUGGUAUCUGAAACCCUUCAAAGAAGAUGCUCAAUCCUGUCUAUCUGUGUUGCUACUUUUCUCUGCACCUUAGAGACUGUGCUUUUUAAGAUUGUAUAAAUUAGAAUCCAAUUUGAGAGUUUCAAAGUGAAAGUGAAAACUUAGUUGGGAAUAUCCUUGCAGGCAAAAGUAUCGAGGAAUUAUAUAUGGCAAAUAGGUGAAAGAAGGCAAAAUGAAAUUGAGUAGAAAGUUUAAGUCGGCUGGAAUGUACAGUGUUUUAAGGGGACAUGUAUGGACUAAAGUUUGGCCGAGGGUAAAAUGGAGCUAAAUUGUGUAGGGCUAAGCUAAGGAGGUUGCGGUUUAUUUUGUAGUCAAUGAGGAGACUAGGAAGGCUUUGGGACAUGAAGAAAUUUCAUUAGACUUAUACAUUAGGAUUUUUACUUUGGCAGCUAUACCUAAGAAGAUAUUUGAAAGGAUCUGACACUGAAGCCAACAAAGUCUAUGUGGGAGAUAAGGAAAGCCUGAACUAAUGAGAAUACAAUAUGAGAUGUGUAUAUACAUGUUUACAUCUAAUGUUAAUAUAUAAAUUGAGCAUAGUUUCACACGCUUUGUAGAUUUGAAAGUAAAUUCCUUAACAAAAGGAACUGUGUUCCACAGUUGUAUCCCCAAGCUCAGUACUCAAUGCUUAGAACAAAGGAUAUGCUUAAUGGGUUCUUGUUGAUUGAUUGUUAUAGGAGUAAAUUUUUGAUUAAGGGGUGGGAAAAAAAGGAGAAUAUCUCUUAUAUUGUUUGGUUAAUUCCUUUUCUCUCAGUGUUUUGUCAUAUUUGACCUGUUAAUAUGUUUAACUUUUUAAAAAAUUCAGGAAAUUGUCUACUUCUAGAAUAUCUGUUGCCCUUUUAUUAAUGUUUAUAGUGGAAAAAAUUUAGGAAAUUUAAGAAUGUCAUGUUUUACAAAGUUGAAAUUGUGUGUUGCCUUUUGUGUUAUCGGGGAUUGGUCUAAAAAUUGAUAUUAGCAGUUCUGGUAUCUUCAAUAAGAGCAAGAAAUUUAGCCAGUGUUUGACAUUGGUUAAUAUGAAUAGUAAUUCUAUUAUGGAUUGAAAGUUGGAGAAAUCCUUAUUAAGAGGGUUCAGGCUACAUCCCAAUCAAUAAAUAUGUUUAAUUGCA